CCACUGCCACCGCCGUCGCCGCUGCAUCCCGCCCGGUCCGAGUCCGCCCACCACGCCCGCCCAGCCGCUACCGCCGCCAGUCUUUCAGCCACUCCACCCACGAGAUGCUCUCCCUGGAUCCAUCUGGUCCCGAGUGGGAUUGCCCACUGGGCUCCAAGGACCUGGAGGAUGAGGGCCCCUGGGGAGGGGGCUCUGGCCUGCCGCCCACAGGCUGCUUCCCUGGCUCCUGGCGCCAGGACGUGGGCCUGGACUGCAAGGGAUCCCCCGAGGGGACCGAGGCCCGGGCCUGGACUGUCUACUACUACAGCCUCCUGCAGAGCUGUCUGCAGCAAGCUGGCCUUCCGGAGACCCAGGACCGCAGCCAGGCGCCCCGCACAGGCUGUCCUGGGGCGGAGGUGACCUUGUGCAUUCUGGGCUCCCCCAGCACCUUUCUGCCUGUGCUGCUGGAGGGUGGGGUCCAGAGCCCGGGAAACAUGCUCCUUUGCCUGUCCCCUGCUUGGUUGAUGAAGGUGCCAGCACCUGGGCAGCCGGGUGAGGCAGCCCUGCUGGUCUCCAAGGCUGUGAGCUUCCACCCUGGGGGCCUGACAUUCCUGGAUGACUUUGUCCCCCCACGCCGUGCCACCUACUUUCUGGCAGGCCUGGGUCUGGGGCCCAGCCGGGGCCGAGAGGCAGCAGAGCUCGCCCGUGACCUGACCUGCCCCACAGGAGCUUCGGCUGAGCUGGCCCGGCUGCUGGAGGACCGGCUGCUGACAAGGCAGUUGCUGGCCCAGCAGGGUGGUGUGGCUGUGCCAGCGACCCUGGCAUUCACCUACAAGCCGCCAGGGCUGCUGCGCGGAGGGGAUUCCAGCCCAGGGCUACGGCUGGUGGAGCUGAGUGGCAAAGAGGGCCAAGAGACGCUGGUGAAAGAGGAAGUGGAGGCUUUUCUGCGCUCCGAGGCCCUGGGUGAUGUCCUGCAGGUGGCUGUGAAGCUCAGUGGCUGGCGCUGGCGGGGGCGGCAGGCAUUGCGUCUGCACCCACGGGCAGAGCUGGGUGCAGUGGUGAACACAGUGCUGGCACUGCUGGAGAAGCUGGAGGAGGAGGAGAGUGUCCUGGUGGAGGCUGUGUACCCACCUGUCCAGCUGCCCUGCUCAGAUGGUCCUUCACCUGGCCCCGGCCUGGCCGUGCGAAUCUGUGCUGUGGUGUGUCGGACACAGGGUGAUAGGCCACUGCUGAGCAAGGUGGUGUGCGGCGUGGGCCGCGGAGACCGGCCUCUACGGCACCACAACUCCCUGCCGAGGACGCUGGAGGUGGCGCUGGCCCAGUGCGGCUUGGGCGAGGAGGCGCAGGUGGCGGCCGUGCGGCAGCGCGUUAAGGCGGCGGCCGAGGCCGCGCUGACUGCCAUGCUGGCUCUGGAGGCCGGCCUGAGUGCCGAGCAGCGCGGCGGGCGCCGGGCGCACACGGACUUCCUGGGAGUGGAUUUCGCGCUGAAAGCGGCCGGCGGCAUGCUGACCCCCGUGGCCCUGGAGCUGAACGGCGGCCUGUGCCUGGAGGCGUGUGGCGCGCUCGAGGGGCUGUGGGCCGCGCCGCGGCUGGCGCCGGCAGCCGACGAGGCGGCGGCCGCGCCGCUGGUGGAAACCAUGCUACGGCGGUCGGCGCGCUGCCUCAUGGAGGGCAAGCAGCUGCUGGUGGUCGGCGCGGGCGGCGUCAGCAAGAAGUUCGUGUGGGAAGCGGCGCGCGACUACGGGCUCCAGCUGCACCUCGUGGAGUCAGACCCCAACCACUUUGCAUCCCAGUUGGUACAGACCUUCAUCCACUUUGACAUGACCGAGCACCGGAGGGAUGAGGAGAAUGCACGGCUGCUGGCAGAGUUGGUGCGGGCUCGCGGCCUAAAGCUAGAUGGCUGCUUCUCCUACUGGGACGACUGCCUGGUGCUCACAGCCCUGCUCUGCCAGGAGCUGGGUCUGCCCUGCAGCCCCCCAGCUGCCAUGCGCCUGGCCAAGAAGAAAAGCCUCACCCAGCUGCACCUGUUGCGCCACCAUGGCCCACCCUGGCCUGCGCCCUCCCUCCAUGCUGUGCCCUGCUGCCCACUGGAGAGUGAGGCUGAUGUGGAGAGGGCCGUGCACCAGGUACCCCUGCCAGGUGUCAUGAAGCUGGAGUUCGGGGCAGGUGCAGUGGGCGUGCGGCUGGUAGAGGAUGCACCACAGUGCCAUGAGCACUUUUCCCGGAUUACCCGAGACUUGCAGGGCGAGGCCGACCACCCGGGCAUUGGGCUGGGCUGGGGCAAUGCCAUGCUGCUGAUGGAGUUUGUGGAGGGCACCGAGCACGAUGUGGACCUGGUGUUGUUUGGUGGGCGGCUGCUGGCUGCCUUUGUCUCUGACAAUGGCCCUACGAGGCUGCCUGGCUUCACUGAGACGGCGGCCUGCAUGCCCACCGGGCUGGCACCAGAGCAGGAGGCACAGAUGGUGCAGGCGGCCUUCCGCUGUUGCCUGGGCUGUGGGCUGCUCGAUGGGGUCUUCAACGUGGAGCUCAAGCUGACUGGGGCUGGGCCUCGGCUUAUCGAGAUCAACCCCCGCAUGGGUGGCUUCUACCUGCGUGAUUGGAUCCUGGAGCUCUAUGGCGUGGACCUGCUGCUGGCUGCUGUUAUGGUGGCCUGCGGCCUGCGUCCUGCCCUGCCCACCCGCCCACGUGCUCGUGGCCACCUGGUGGGCGUCAUGUGCCUUGUGUCCCAGCACCUGCAGGCCCUGAGUUCCACUGCCAGCCGUGAGACCCUGCAGGCCCUGCACGACCGUGGCCUGCUACGCCUCAAUCUGCUGGAGGAGGCCCUGGUGCCUGGGGAGUACGAGGAGCCCUACUGCAGUGUGGCCUGUGCCGGGUCCAGUCCCACUGAGGCCCGCCUCCGCCUGCUGGGCCUCUGCCAGGGCCUGGGCAUUGACGGGCCCAGCUACCCUGUUGCUCACUUCCUGUCUCACUUCAAAUAGCACUGGGGCCAGGGGGCAGGGAAGCAGUGCUGGGAGUAGGGACUGUGGUACCCUCUAUUCCCUGGAGCUCUUCCUGCCUCUCUCCACAUCGCCAUGCCCCAGCCCCAGCCUGGCCUGCUGCAACGCCUAGGUCUGUUUCAGAGCAGCAGGGCAAUUUUGACACCAAGGCAUCCUGGACUCAAGGGCCUCUUGCCCUCCCAAACGCCCCAGUCCAGCCCAGAGCUUCCCCAGCAUUCUAGACUUGGAGAAGUGACAAUGACCGCACACACACACACCCCUCUGUCGCCAGCUCCCCAGGUGGGAGUGAGCCCAAACCCAGCCCCUCCUGUCCACCCCUCCAGGUCUCACUCUCUUCCUGCCACCUACAAGAGGAGAGGACCUGGCUGGGCCCCAAGCCUUGGACAAAUCCUAGAAAAACCUGAGACUAGAACCCUUGUCUUUCUCUUACCCAAAUUCUAGGAUAGCUCUAGAGCCUGCUAAAAACUUGGCGGCAUCCAACCUGCCUCAUUCGGCCUGAGCAGUAGAGGCAGGUGGACUGUGGACAGAAGCAAUCCUCUUUCCACUCACCCCGGGCAGACACUACUGCCUGCAUUCCCCCGAUGAAAGGAAACAGGCUGAGAGAGGAAAAAUGACUGCUCCAGCAUUAUACCACUGUGGAGGGUGGGUCACAGGACAUGAUGCAGGGUCCAGGUUUCUGUUUUGAUCAAGUCUUACAUGCCCAUUCAGCUUCUAGGCCCCCAUCACCUCCCUGCCCUCAUUCACGAGUGGCCCUGAGACAUGUGAACGCCUCCCUCCUAUGCAUCACAAACCUUCUCCACGAAGCUUUGGUGCUUUGGCCUCCAGCACACCUAACUAGCAUUGGCAAAGGAGUCUACAUUCUCUUCCUCAUUCAGGGAAGAUGCUUUAAGAACUCCUGCCUCUGUGCAGCACAGGAACUGGAGACAGCUCCCCAAGCAUCCCUCCCCAAAUAAAGGCUUAUGUACUAGUGAA